AUGAUAAAAAACCCUAAUCCUUUGAAUGUGAAUGAACCAAAAUUAGGAAUUCAAAUUACUUAACGUAAAAUGUUAGCGGAAGUAGUGAAUAACAAGACUGUUGAGAAUGCAAAGAUUACAGAUAUUUGUUUUAACAACCAGAAAUAUAAAACUCAAUUAGCAAGCAUAGAUAUUUCUGGAGUCUUAAAAAUUUGGGAUGUUGCAUAAAAUAGAUUGAUUCAAUAAUUUCAUGCUUCCAAUAUGUGGCUAACAACAGUAGAUGUUGAAAAGUAAGAAGGGAAAAAGGUAGCUUGUGGAACGUUAGAUGGGAAAGUCUUAGUUUAUGAGUAAAUAUUCUAAAGUAAUAAAAAGAAUAAAUCAAAGUAAUAAAAAAGGGAAGAGUUUCAGUAAAGAUAAGCCUAACAUUGAAUUAUUUGGGCAUUCAGGUUCAAUUCAAUGUGUUUAAUUUCUUAGCCCAUAAUAUAUAAUUGUAUAGAAUAAUAAUUUAUAUAGGCAGGAUCAACAGACUCAUUAGUAUCAUUGUGGGAUUUGGAGAAUCCUUAGAGAUACUUAGCCAUUCAUCAACAGCAUACUGGAGAUGUUUUAUCUUUACAUGCUUAUGAAAAUGAUAGCAAUAUUUUUAUUUCAGGUUCAAGUGAUUUAACAUGUAAAAUAUGGGAUAUUAGAGUUAAAAAACCUGUAUAGGCUGAAUACAAAGGUAACAAGUAUAAUUAAAGAUAGGUCAUGAAUCAGCUGUUAAUACAGUGAAGUUCAUUCAAAUGCCUUAACCAACCACAUUUGUUACUGGGAGUGAUGAUGCUUCAAUAAAUUUGUGGGAUUUGAGAAUGAAAGAUCCCAUAGUAUCAUUUCAGGAUAGUUGUUAUUAUGAUUCAAUUUAUUCAAUUGCAAUUUCAUUAAGUGGAAGAUACAUAUUUGCAGCAAGUGAAAAUUCGACAUUGAAGGUUUUUGAUGUUUUGGGUGAUACUGAUAUUUAUACAAAUUUGGAUGUUGGACUUUAAUAAAAUGAUGGGUUAAUAAAAUCCAUUGAUAUUUCAGCUGAUGGUUAUGCUUUGGGAAUGGCUUUAGGAACUAAAAGUAAUCAUAAAGACUUAUUAGUGAUUAUGUGA